CGCUCAGCAGUCCCGCGUUUGAUCCCCGGGGGACCCGGAGCCUCGCGCAUUCCGCGCAUUCCGCGCGCGACGAACAAUCGGCCCCCGGUCGUUUAUCAGCGGCGCCCGCCCCUCGGCGCGCACUCCGUCGUGGGAGCUCUCCGGGCGCACUUACGCGUCCUCGGCCAAGCGCACAUGGGAAUAUAAACGCCCGUGCGGCGUUAUUGGGAUUACAAGAGACGUGCGAUCCGUCAUGCGACUUUGAUUUGGUCCAACAGUCAAGACAGAAGAUUUCUCGUUAUAUAAAGCAUCGUUUUUAAUUGGCUAUUGUGCUUCAGCGUUGUCCUGAGAUGAGAACCGCGGAGGAUUCCUCAGGCACGGUUCUUCACCGGCUCAUCCAGGAGCAGCUACGAUAUGGGAACCCCACAGACGCACGCACCCUCCUGGCCAUCCAGCAGCAAGCCUUGCGCGGAGGCAGCAGCGGGUGGGUCACAGGCAGUCCCCGCUCCUCCCUGGAGAGCCUCACCCAGGAGGAGUCACAGUUCCUCCAGAUGUCCACAAGGCAGGAGCCCCAGGGCCAGGAGCACCAGGGCGACUGCCCGCACUCUGAGAGCCCUGUGUGUCAUCUCUACCAGCUCCACACGGAAGAGCUCCCCACCUACGAGGAGGCGAAGGCUCACUCGCAGUACUUGGCCUCCCAGAGGGGUCAUGCUGGACAGCAGCAGGGUGACCCGGAGACACCCGAGCUCGAGCAGGACCCUGGCACGUGGGACCUGAAGCGCGAGCACGCCCGGUCGCUGAGCGAGCGCUUAAUGCAGCUCUCGCUGGAGAGGAACUCUGUCCACGACAGCGCACCCAUGACUUCCUCGCACAGCUACCCCCAGCUGUCUGGGGGCCACGCAGGCGCGGCCGCGCACGGAGGGUCCGAGCAGCGCGGGCCACCCCCGGAGUACCCCUUCGCCGUCAAAGCCCCGGGAUACAUGCUGAGUCAUUCGCAGGAAAACGGACACUAUAUCAAAGAGGUCCCUCUAGCUCUCUACUCCCAGCUUCACAGGUAUGUUCCGGCCCAGCCGCAGGCGGCUCGACACAACACCCUACCUGCACUGCCCCCUGCUGGACAGGAGGUCAUAGUCGGUGGUUACAGCAUCCCCGCUCCUAAUCCUCAGAUCGAGCAGCUGAUGAAGGAAAAUGACAGGCUGAAGAGGGAAGUGGAGAGCUACAGCGAGAAAGCGGCCAGGCUGCAGAAGCUGGAGAAGGAGAUUCAGAGGAUAUCGGAGGCUUACGAGACCCUUAUGAAGGGAUCUGCAAAGAGAGAGACCCUGGAGAAAACCAUGCGGAGCAAGCUCGAAUCGGAAAUCAAGAGACUUCAUGACUUCAACCGAGACCUUAGGGAUCGCCUGGAAACAGCUAAUAAACAGAGAGCAGUCAUGGAAGAGCAAGACCAUAGCAAGCAAGCAUUCGCCAAACUGGCGGAGCAGAAUGAGGAGCAUCAGCAGGCGCGAGAGCAUCUGGAGGGCGAGCUGAAGCGUCUGAGGGCCUCCGCGGAGGACUGGUGCCGGCGGCGAGAAGCCCUGGAGCAGGCCUUGGUGUCAGCCCAGGCACGGAACAGGCAGCUGGAGGAGGAUCUGUGCAAGAAGCGGGCCUACGUGGCGAAGGUGGAGAAGCUGCAGAGUGCCCUCACCCAGUUGCAGGCCGCCUGCGAAAAGAGAGAAGCCCUGGAGCUGAGGCUCCGCACCCGGCUUGAGCAAGAGCUGAAGAGCCUGAGGACGCAGCAGUGGCAGUGUCAGGGGCAGCAGGUGGGCGGAGCCUCCUUGCCCACCCAGAGCAUGUCCCCCUUGCAGCAGAGGCUGAGGGAGAGGGAGGAGCGGAUCUUGGCCCUGGAGGCCGACAUCACCCGCUGGGAGCAGAAGUACCUGGAGGAGAGCACCAUGCGACAGUUUGCCAUGGACGCGGCGGCUACCGCUGCCGCCCAGAGAGACACGACCAUCAUCAAGCAUUCACCGGGGCACUCGCCCGAUAACAGUUUCAACGAAGACCUGCCGUCAUCCAGCCACAGGCAUCGGGAGAUGGAGAACAGGAUCCGGGCCCUCUACGCCAAACUGCUGGAGAAAGACGCCGUGAUCAAAGUCCUGCAACAGCGUUCGCGGAAGGAGCAGGGUCGCCCAGAGCCUGUCAGACUCCGGCCCGCCCGGUCCGUGCCCUCCAUCAGCGCUGCGUCCGUCGUCGUUCGGCCUAAAGGGAAGAGCCUCUCAGAUGACCAGACGGCAGCCACGCCCCUGUUCUCUGCCGCGUGCUUGCCUCCCCAGGCCCCGAACCGCGACCGCAGCACCCAGUGCGAUGAGCCUUCAGACGAGACAAGUGCCGAGCCUGAGCCUGCCGCUGGGCCAGCUGCUCCGGAACGCGGUCCCGUGCCCAGCUCUGACGCUACUGCUGAACUGCUGCAGACCCAGACUCCUCCGAGCACAGACAGGAGCACCAACGGCGGCGCCAACGACCUGGUGGAAAUUCUCAUUUAGAGACCGCGAGACCCCGGUAACACCUCCCUAGUGCCCCGGAACGCCCCUCGGGCCUGUGAUGCGCGCAGGGUUCGCUGGGCAAGAUCUCAUCUCUAACGCUGCUCAAGAGGACGGUGACCCAUGGAGCCCCUCUCUUCCAGCUAGGCAAAAUGAAAGCGGGAGAAGAAGCCGUGGAGUUCUGCCAGUGCAGAGAGGAGAGCUCAGCUCUCAUUACCGUCUCUCUACACUUAAAAAAACGAUAAGACUGUGGUGCGACUGCUGGUAACUCCCAGCCAGCCUCACACGUGCGCAGCCACCUGAGUCCAAGGUACUUGCAGUACCCUCCAGAACUCCAAGAGGAUGCUACCCUACGGCAUAAGAAUAUGUAAAACAGUAUAUAAAUUUAUAUAAAUAUGUAACAUUUUUAUCUUGACAUUUAUAUUUAUGAUAAUGCUGCUGAACUAAGUGCGAGUGUUGUAUGGCAGAAGGAAGGGGAGGACAGUUGGAUGUUCAUCACUGUCAAACUCCUCUUCUACUCUUUCGCCGCGUCUGCACAUCAGAUUUGUCCGGAAAGGGUGGCAUUCGUGUGAUGACGUGGCGUACCGCUCGGUGCAAGAAUAUGUCCUGCAUUCCUGGAUGGAACGCAGACGUUGCAGCCGCUUCGGUCUCGCUGGGCAUAGGAGCCCACGUGCUGUCACAACCGCGUGACCCUGAAACGUCCCCAAGAAAGGACGGCGGGACUAGUCCGCAAAGCCAGCCGCUGUGAAUCCUGCCAGGCCUGGGAUUACGCCGUUUACCAGAAUAGUUAGGUGAAUGCCACCUGACUGGGCUCUGGCACUCCCAUUGACUAAAUUAACAUUACAGUUGGUGUUCUUAUUAUAAUUGGCCGCCGGUCAGCUUCCUCUCCCUGUUUUAAGCAGAGGAAUCAGACGCCUCUUUUAGCGGACGUAGGCCUGCCUGCUACAUACUUGCCUCUUUUAGUGACACUUAAGAGAAGUGUCAGCCUUGGAAGAGACAGGGGCUGAUGUUUCGAAUGCCUUGCUUAUCGCUCUGUGCCGGUAUGCCUCUGCGGCCUUCACUGCCGAGCUGGGGACAAAGCUCUCCGCUCGCCCCGCAGUGGAAUGCUCCGGCUCGGUGCGAGAGGCUGACCCCUGGCCUGAUGGGAAUUGCUGCCGUACGGGCUACUGUUAUCUUUCUGGGGCUAGGUAUUUCCACGACGCUCUGGUAGCUGGUUCUGCCAUGAACAUCCAAGUCACAGGGUAGUUACACACAGCACCAUGGAAACAUCUAACCACAUUUGGCAAUGUUUUAUGAUUCUAUUAGUUCUAAUAAUAAUAAUAAUAAUAAUAAUAAUAAUAAACUUUCCAGCACCUUCACUGCAGUUCAAAGUGGUAGUCCAGUGUGUUAUGUGUCUUACUGUCUUACAUUCACAAGUGACUUACAUUUCUGUGGUCAAAAAACUGGCAGAGAAAGAAAGGGUGGAAUUGAACCACCUCUACCUUAUUUUGCAUAAAGCCACGUUCUUGGAACGAUCACUCUGGAACGUCCACUCUGGAACGAUCACUCUAGACUGGAAGUGUGAGUAGUCAGUAUUGCGCCAUGUUCUUGUCUAUCGGUGAACACUGUUUCUGCCCUUCCUCCUCCUGCACAAGUUAUUUGCUGGUCAAUGAUUUGUCGAGAAGUCAUAUGCCUUUUAGAAAGCUUAUUUUUGCUCUCUACUGAACUGUUUACAGAAAGGACUGUUUGAAAAGAAAAGACAUUAAUAUAUUUUCUAUAUUAUUGUGCCUUCGUGGAAUCUAGUGACGAACAUAAUGCCAAAGAUUUGCAUUGCAAAUAAGUUAUAUAAAGAAAAUUUGAGUUUAAGUGUAAAUGCCUUUCUCUGGUUGACCCAUACUAGGAUAUUGCUGUGAACUUGUGGAAUUGUUUUUGUAUGCCUUUAACAUUUCAUUAAUUGAAUAAAACUUUAAUAUAUAUCUUUUCAAAAAC